GCGGACAUAAAGGUGAACUGCAGAGGCUAAAUUUAACCCUGAUGUUUUUCAGUGUUCUGAUUUCACUGCGUAGCAAACAUUACUGACUUUGUCUACCUGACUGCGUUAUGAGUGGAGAAGAAAUCGUGGUGGUUACAGGCUUUGGACCUUUUCGACAGUUCUUAGUGAACCCCAGCUGGAAAGCAGCCCAGGGCUUGAAGUUGGUUGGAUUAGGAGAGAAGACUCAUGUUUGCAACAAGGAGGUGCCAGUGAGUUAUGUCAGGACUCAGCAAAUCAUUACUCAGAUUUGGCAAACUCUUCACCCAAAGUUUGCUGUACAUCUGGGCGUAGCCAAAGGUUCCAGUGUCGUCUUUCUGGAGCAAACAGCGAAGAACAGUGGAUACAGUGAAAAAGAUGUGUGCGGGGUCUGUCCUGAUAGUCACUGCUGUGUGGAAGGAGGACCAGAGAAACUGGACUCAGUCGUUAACAUGAAGGCUGUCGCCAAAGAGUUCAGACGAGUAGGGAUGGAUGUUAUUUAUUCAAGAGAUGCUGGCAGGUACCUGUGUGAAUUUGCGUAUUACUGCUCGCUGUAUCACGGUCAGAGGAGGGCAGCUCUCAUCCAUCUACCCUCAUCUGGCAGCCUGACCUCAAAGGAAAAUCUACUACCUCUGCUGCAGACCCUCGUUCAUACCAUGCUGCACCAGCUGGAGCCCCCUUCAGAAACUGCAUAAAGAGAUGAUGACUGCAGACUUCCUUAAGCUGGCAUCUACAGCGAGGUUGAUCUUCUUAAAGACAUUACACACCACAAACAGGAACUGCAAUGCUGAACUAUGUUGUUAGAAACUGUGGCCUUGGGGGGAAUUAAAAACAACAAACAGUAAAA